AUGUUCUCCUUUCCCCGAGCGACCGCAGAAGACACAUUAUCGGCGGUGUCGCUCGGAUGUGGCGGAAGUGCGAUGGACUUCAAUCUUCCGGAGGAGAUUCUUUCAGUGAUACCCACGGACCCUUACGAGCAGUUAGAUAUGGCUCGUAAGAUAACGUCCAUGGCGAUUGCAUCAAGAGUGUCCAAUAUGGAGGCGGAGAUGGCCAGGAUGAGGGAUAGCUUGUGUCAAAAGGAUCGUACCAUUUACGAUUUGGAAGAGAAACUCUCAAGGUUGCAGCAAGCCAAUCAGGAAGCUGAUUCUAGAUUAAAGCUUGCCUUCGCUGAAAAUGUUAAGCUUUCAAAGGAGCGUGAUUCGUUGGCAAUUACUGCAAGGAAACUUAGCCGUGAUUUAGCUAAGUUGGAGACUUUUAAGCGACAGCUGAUGCAAUCUCUCAGUGAUGACAAUGCAUCUCAAGAUGAAACAGUUGAUAUUGGGACCUGUGACCAGCCAGUCCCAAAAGCCUAUCCUUACAAGGAUGAUAUCAGUGACUGCACAUCAAAUCAUUCUUUCAACGGUUUGACAGGCAUGGGAAAUACAUUUGAUGAAGCAACAAGACAUGCUGGGCAAAGAUUUUCUAUAACUCCAUAUAUCACGCCACGGCUUAGUCCUACUGGAACUCCUAAAAUUAUAUCCACAAGUAUAUCCCCUAAGGAUCAUUCUGCCGCUCUGUCUCCCCAAAGAAGUUCUGCUACAACAUCUCCGACAAAGACUAGUUAUGAUGGGCGGACUUCACUCUCCUCAUGGUACUCAUCAAGCCAGCAGUCAUCUAGAGCUAACUCUCCUCCUCGUGGGCAUUCACUGCCAGUACGGACUCGAAUUGAUGGAAAGCAGUUCUUCCGUCAGGCCAGGAGUCGCCUUUCCUAUGAACAGUUCAGUGCAUUUUUAACUAACAUCAAGGAACUAAAUGCUCAGAAGCAAACCAGAGAGGAUGCUUUGAGGAAGGCAGAGGAGAUAUUUGGGACAGAUAACCAAGAUCUAUUUUUAUCAUUUCAAGGAUUGCUAAAUCGCAAUGUUCGGUAGAUCUUAUAUUAUCUCUUGUUGAGAUAAUUUACCAUUACUGGUUUGUCUACUUCUGGACAUCAUCUGUAUGGUUGGCAUAUUUAUUCACAAUAUUGGCCAUAUUCUUGAGGUGCACCCUUAACUAUAUAAAGGCCUGGCCAUAGACUAAUCUGUUAUAAGACUCAAUAUCAGUUCAUGAGUCAUAGAAACCUAUUAUCUUCGUAUGUGAUAGAUAACCUUUCGCCAAUAUUGCAUGCUCCGAUAAAUAGUUGGCUAA